GCACUUACCAAUCUGCCGUCAGUGACUUCCAGUCGUGGCGCCAACUUGUGCUGGCCGCCAAGCCUCUUCUUCUACAGCUCAACUCUGGAUUGGUGUCUUUGGUGGAGCGAAAGUGUUCGCCGUCACACUCGACUGCAGACAAUCCUGUCAGGGUGCUCAGCUCUCGAGCAGAGGCUCGAGUUGUGAAUAUGGCCAGAAAAGUGGGAGGGCAAGAGGACAAAGCGGAGGAUUUCUCGGAAGUCGGUGACCAGUUGUACGGCCAGCCGACGAGUGACGAGGCGACUGACAACAUUCGACAGCGACACGACUUUCUUGGGCGCUGUGUUCAACAUUGGCUGGCGGAACUGGCAAAAGUGGAAAGACAAAAUGAGCCGAUCGACCAAAAGCAUAAGACAACUGAGCACAACAGUGCCAGAAGUCAUAGCAUCUUCUCUUCAGAGAAUGGGGAACACGAAAAAGCCGAUGCAGUCUCAAGUGGCUGCAGUGACGUAACUAAACUGACGGCUUCCGGCAGCUCUACAUGCAAACAUGAGCUGUUGGCGAAGCAGGAAACUAAGGUGGCCGAGUUUUCUUGUCAACUGCAAACAGCUCAGGAGCGUUGUUCCGAGCUAGAAAGCCAAUUAGUUGAAUCCAUGCGGCGGAAGAAUUUUCAGCAACAAAUCAACGCAGAAACGGAAAAGAGAUUGGUCAACAGGACGCAGGUAGGCUUAUAUGCUUAA